AUGAAUUAUAUUCUUAACAUUUCUAAUGAGGAAUUAAAAAAACUAGAUAUUAGAAAAUAUACAAAAAAUGAAUUAUUAUAUUUAAGAGAUUAUAAUUCCAUUUCUUUUCAAAAACUGGAAAAAGAAAUUGAAGAAAUAGGUCUCCUGUCCAGUAGAGAUCAAAGAUUGUAUUCUUCUUUAACUUCUAUUAGCAAUAUAAUAAAUCAAAAUUAUACAUUAUAUUGUUUAAUAAUGGAAAAUAAUAUAAUUGGCAUAUUAAAAAUAGGUGAAAAAAAUCUGUACUUAUAUGAUAAGAAAAAUUUGCAUUAUCAAAAAUGCACAUGUGUAUUAGAUUUCUAUAUAUUAAAAAAUUUUCAAAAAAGGGGUCUUGGAAUAAAACUUUUUAACUUUAUGUUAAAAGACAAUAAUAUUACACCAUCGAAGUUAUGCUACGAUAAUCCAUCUAACAAACUUCUGAAUUUUCUAAAAAAAUAUUUUUCACCUUGUGAUUUAAUUAAACAGCCCAAUAAUUUUGUCAUUUUUUCUGAGUACUUUGAUGAUAACUUUGGAUAUUUUAGUAGAAAUUACGCAAAUAUAGGAAAUAAAAAUGAAAAAAUUAUGAAAUGUGCAUAA